AGUGUCAUGUCAUUAACAUCAGAGUGACAAACUCCCUAAACACCAAUCUACGUUAACCACUUAUAUAUCCCUCCCCUAAACCCUAAACCCCAACUCCUACCACCACCACCGCUCAACCACCCCACACCACCAUGCAAGCCACCCUAAUCUCCCCCCACUUCCCCACCCUCCCCACCAAAUGCAAACCCCUCUUCCCACCUCCCACCGCCCGCCGCCCCUUCUCCGUCACCGCCACCACCGCCGCCGCGGCCCAAAAACUCAACAAAUACAGCUCCCAAAUCACCGAACCCAAGUCCCAAGGCGGGUCCCAGGCCAUCCUGUACGGCGUGGGCCUCUCCGAUGAGGACAUGGGAAAGCCCCAGAUAGGGAUUUCCUCCGUCUGGUACGAAGGCAACACGUGCAACAUGCACCUGCUGGGCCUGGCCGAGGCCGUGAAAGAAGGGGUGUGGAAGAGUGGAAUGGUUGGGUUCAGGUUUAAUACGGUCGGGGUGAGCGAUGCGAUCUCGAUGGGGACCAGAGGGAUGUGUUACAGCCUGCAGUCUAGGGAUUUGAUUGCGGAUAGUAUUGAGACUGUUAUGGGUGCGCAGUGGUAUGAUGGGAAUAUCUCCAUCCCCGGUUGUGACAAGAAUAUGCCAGGUACAAUUAUGGCCAUGGGACGGCUCAAUCGGCCAAGUAUAAUGAUUUAUGGUGGAACUAUUAAGCCUGGUCAUUUUCAAGGAAAUACCUACGACGUAGUAUCUGCCUUUCAGGUUUAUGGGGAAUAUGUGAGUGGUUCCAUAAGUGAUGAACAGAGGAUGAAUGUUAUUCGUAAUUCAUGCCCUGGAGCAGGGGCUUGUGGUGGGAUGUACACAGCAAAUACCAUGGCCUGUGCUAUUGAGGCAAUGGGAAUGUCCCUUCCUUUCAGCUCUUCAACACCUGCUGAAGAUCCAUUGAAGUUGGAUGAGUGUCGCCUAGCCGGAAAAUACUUGCUAGAUUUGAUAAAGAUGGAUAUAAAACCACGAGACAUUAUUACGCCUAAAUCACUACGUAAUGCAAUGGCCAUCGUCAUGGCCUUGGGAGGGUCAACCAAUGCGGUGUUACAUUUAAUUGCUAUUGCGAGGUCUGUUGACUUAGUAUUAACUCUCGAUGACUUUCAAAAGGUUAGCGACAGGGUUCCUCUGUUGGCCGAUCUUAAGCCUAGUGGCAAAUAUGUUAUGGAGGAUAUACACAAGAUUGGAGGAACACCUGCAAUCAUACGUUAUCUCUUGGAGCAGGGGUUUUUAGAUGGGGAUUGCAUGACUGUCACGGGGAAUACACUGGCUGAGAAUGCAAAACUGUUCCCUUCUCUAGCUGAAGGUCAGCAAAUAAUAAGACCAGUGACAAACCCCAUCAAGGAUUCAGGCCAUCUCCAGAUAUUAUUUGGAAAUCUUGCACCGGAAGGUUCUGUCGCAAAGAUUACGGGAAAAGAAGGACUAUAUUUUUCUGGUCCUGCUCUUGUAUUUGAAGGAGAGGUAGCCAUGCUUGCAGCUAUCUCUGAAGACCCUUUGAGUUUUAAGGGAAAGGUAGUCGUUAUUAGAGGAGAGGGGCCUAAGGGGGGCCCUGGCAUGCCUGAAAUGCUGACACCAACAAGUGCAAUAAUGGGAGCAGGUCUUGGGAAGGAUGUUGCGUUGUUGACUGAUGGGAGGUUUUCAGGAGGUUCACAUGGGUAUGUUGUUGGCCACGUAUGCCCUGAAGCACAGGAAGGUGGACCCAUUGCUCUCGUUGAAAAUGGUGAUAUGAUCACCAUAGAUAUUCGGGAAAGGAGAAUGGAUGUUCUUUUGACAGAUGAAGAAAUGGCGGAACGAAGAAAGAAAUGGAUUCCCCCUCCAGGAAAGGCUGACAAAGGAGUAUUGUACAAGUACAUCAAGAAUGUGCAAUCGGCUUCAAAGGGCUGUGUGACUGAUGAGUAGACACCAGGGGGAAUCGUUAGAGAGGCAUAGAGUAAAUCAGCGAGCCCAACUUAGUAAAGCCACGACUCGGGUGCUUCAUUGCGGCUCCGUAGGAUAUUUAUCUCGGUUUUUCUGUAGUUUCUUUCCUUCUGGAAGUUUUCUAGAUCUGUGUUUUGGGGAUUAUUAGGGUUUUGCCAUUUUAUUUCAACGUUGUUCUAUUUAGGCCAAUUAACUAUUGUUUGCAAUGAACUCAAAUGGACUCUACAAUAUUUGCACUGUUCAUUUGGUGGGUAGCUAUUGGGAAGAUGCGUGUCAAUUGGCUAGAUUUCUAUUUUUUUGGGUUGUUCUGGUAACAUGGUGGCGGUGAGACGAUCCUCUUGACAACGAUGGGUCUGAUACCAGAUGAAUUACUCAUUGAUGAAGCAAAGACCGAAUUUCUUUA